AUGAAGAAAACUUCCUGGAGUAGGAAGAACUUUCUGCUUGUAGCAGGACUGUCACUUAUAGGUGUUCAUAUAGGAAGCAUGCUUGUGAAUUUUGUUGCGAAAAAGUCUGCUCAAUCUCAUUCAGAAGCCAGAAGAGAUCGUCCAUAAUGAAAUAGCUUCCUGCUGUCACUAUUUUUCCGUUUUGCAACAUGAUUUAAGCCUCGUUUUAAGAGAGCUGUGAUGAGUAGUUUCAGGAAUGUUAAAUAUACUGUUUUGCACUGAAAAUAAUAAUCCUUGCCUGCAAAGAAUUAAGAUGUACUACUAAAAUUUAAAAGUGCAAUGAGUUAUAGAUCCAAGUAAAAAUGAAAUGUGUUUCUGGCUAGAAUUAAAAUCUUAUCUUCAGAA